AUGUUAGCACAUAGUACUAAAACAUUUCCCGUUUUCAAACGAUAUUACUCAAAAACAAACCAAUUCAACAAUUCAAAACAAAUUCGUAAAUUGUUUUUCAAUUAUUUUAUCGAGCAAAAUGGACAUUCAUUUGUUAAAUCUAGUCCGGUUAUACCAUAUUGUGAUCCAUCUUUACUUUUUGUAAAUGCAGGAAUGAAUCAAUUUAAAAAUAUUUUUUUGGGACUUCGUACACCACCAUUCUCUAAAGUGGCAAAUUCACAAAAAUGUAUUCGAGUUGGUGGUAAACAUAACGAUUUGGAUGUAGUUGGUACCGAUGGAUAUCAUCAUACUUUUUUCGAAAUGCUAGGAAAUUGGUCUUUUGGGGCUUAUUUCAAACGAGAAGCAUGUGAAUUAGCUUGGGCACUUUUAACUGGUCCAUAUAAACUAAAUCCAUCGAACUUAUAUGUGACAUAUUUUGAAGGCAAUGCUUCUCUAGGUUUAGAAGCAGAUCUAGAAACGUUAGAUAUUUGGAGAACAAUUGGAGUAAAAGAAGAUCACAUAAUUCCUUUUGGAAUAAAAGAUAAUUUUUGGGAAAUGGGUUUAACUGGUCCUUGUGGUCCCUGUACAGAAAUACAUGUAGAUCACACAGGCAGCAACUUGAAUCGAUCAAGUGAUGUAAAUAAAGGUUUUUCGAAUUUAACUGAGCUGUGGAAUAUCGUUUUUAUUCAGUUUAAUAGAGAUAAAAAUGGAUUAAUAAAUAAAUUAUCACAAAAAUUUGUUGACACUGGAAUGGGAUUUGAGCGAUUAACGGCUUUACUCCAAGGAAAAAAUUCUAAUUAUGAGACUGAUUUAUUUUUACCAAUUUUUAAUACCAUUCAUAUGGCAAAUAAACAUAUUCCUAAAUAUUGCGGCAAAUAUGGAAUAGAUGAUAUAAAUGGACUUGAUACAGCGUAUCGUAUUAUUGCCGAUCAUGGACGAAUGGCAACGAUUUGUUUAUCAGAUGGAAUGAUACCUGAAGAAAAUUAUAAAUUAAGAAAAAUUAUACGAAAGUCAAUGAUUUUAAGGGAACGAUUUUUUCAAAAACAAGACAAAUUUUUACACGAUAUUUCAGAAAGUGUGAUCGAUAUUUUAGGAGAAACAUACCCUGAAUUAAUUAAAAAUACACAACAGAUUCAAAAUAUUUUAUCAUAUGAAGAAGACGUUUUAAAAUCAUUACGUGCCAAUACACCACCUGAAUGGAUGAAUAUCCUUAUUAAAAAUCCUGAAUUAGAAUCUACAAUAGACGCUGCAGAAGUUUCCAAUUUUGUAUUAGGUUAUAAAGAAGUUCUUAAACUGCAACAUAAUGGCCAUAAAUUAGACAAUAUUCCAGCAAAAUUAGCAUUUAAAUUAUACGAUACGUAUGGUUUGGAUAAGAAUAAAAUAAUCGAAAUGUCGAAAUUAUUUAAUCUUCCUGUUGAUUGGCAUGGUUUUGAUGAAGAAAUAAAAACCAUACGUAACAAAACAAAAUUUAGUCACAGUUUUCCAUCGGAACAAAAUUUGUUACUUAAUUUAAAGACCAUUUUACAAAGACAAAAUAUUUUACCAACAAAUGAUUCGUAUAAGUAUAACUAUUCUGUUGAUAAUGAAAGUUAUCAAUUCUAUGAUGUGAAUGCAAAUGUGAAAUGUAUUGUAGAACAUGGCAAAUCACUUGUGAUGAAGAGUAACGAAAAAAACUGUUCAAUAAUAUUUGAUAAUACAUGUUUUUAUUGUGAAGCUGGUGGACAAGAGAGUGAUAAAGGUCUAAUCAAUUUUGAAGAUGGCAAAGUAUUUCAAGUCGAAAGUGUUCAAAAUUGUGAAGGAUAUAUUAUACAUAGCGGUUCAUUUUUAACGCCCAAUGCAGUAGUAUCUGCAAAAGAAAAAGCUAUUAUGAAAAUUGAUCGCAUUCAUCGGAUGUCAAACAUGAAAAAUCACUCAAGCACACAUAUUUUAAAUGCCGCAAUCAAAAAAGUGUUACCUACUUCAACCAUUUGUCAAAAAUCAAGUCGAGUUACAGCAAAGGACUUAAAAUUUGAUAUCUUUGUUUUUGGAAAACUAUUGACAUCUGAUUAUAUUGAUAAUGUUGAAGAAAUUGUUCGCGAUGUGAUUGAUCGAAAUAUUAUAGUAAAUACACAUGUAAUAAAUGAAAAUGACUUGUUAGUAAAUGAUGUGGUGUUACUUCCUGGCGAAGUAUAUCCAGCUAAUGGUAUUCGUUUAGUUGAAAUUGUUAAUUCUGAUUUUCAAUCUAGGGAGGCUUGUUGCGGUACUCAUGUAAAAAAUACAUCACAUAUAUUAGAUUUUUGUGUAAUAUCAUUCAAACAAAAUGGUCGAGCGUCGUAUAGUUUAAAAGCUGUUACUGGAGAAAAAGCUAUUCAAGUAAAAGAAAAAGGGAAUGAAAUUGAAAAAUUCGUUAAUAAUUUGUAUCACGAAUUGGAAUUAAAUAAACACAAGACUGAGGAAACAAAAAGACACUUGAAAAACUUAAGUAAGAUUUUAAAUGAUACCGAAAAUAUAAUCCCUUACAACGUUCAUAUGAAAUGUGUAAAUGUACUUAAUAAUUUAAAAAACACGUUUAAGCAAACAGACCGACAAAAUUUAAGGGAAUUAAUGGAAAUGGAAAUAAAAUCAGCCGUUGAAGAAGUAAAUAUUAGCGAAAAGCCAUGGGUCGUACAUUAUUUAAGAUCUAGUUCUAUAGUACCAGGAGUUUCAUUACAAAAGGCUACCAGAUGUUGUAGUAAUUUACCCAUAGUUGUUUUAGCAUAUUCUGAUGGUACAGUUAAAGCUCGUUGUUGUGUUCCUAAGAAUUACGUGACUGAUGAUUUUAAUGCCGAGAAAUGGAUGAAAUUGACAAUAGGUACCAUAUUUUCUGGUAAUGUAUCAGCACCAAAAGGUCAAGAUCCGUUGUAUGUUUGCAAUAUGAAAGAAUCAAAAGUUAGCAAAGAUCAAUGGGAUGUUCUAUUACAAGUAGCAAUGGAUUCUGCCAAUAAAUAUGCUGAAAAUCAUUUAAAUAAAGUACAUAAAUUUCGAUCGAAUAUGUAAAUGAUUGUAUUAAUAAAAAAGUUGGCAUCCCCAAAAUAA